UUCAGCCGCUGCAGCUUCACUCCAAGAAGUCCUCCCAUGCUGUAGGACCGUGUAUUUAAUUUUUGUCUUCCAAUCAAUAUUCAAUGUAUUCGAGCAUCUCAAAUGUGACCUAUAUUUAAUCUUUGAGUAAAAUGAUAUAUGCCGGUAGGAUUUAAAUAUCCUAUGAAGGUAAAAAGUUACCUUAUUGCAUUUUUAUGUAUCCGGUAAUAUAUCAUUAAUCUUAAAGAUUGUACAUUUAUUUUUGUCACUUAUGAUUUAAAUUUAAAUGUUACUUCUGAAAAUAAGACUUAAUGUACAUUUGUUUAGUAUAGUGGCAUCAUCAAAAUCUAUCAAAAUUGGAGACUAACAGGCAAUUAUGUCGAGGUUGCCAUUGUGAUGGUGGAGAGAUGGGUGGGUUUUGAUUGCUCAUACAACUAUGGUCAUGGGAGCACAUUCAUAUCGACACACCUGUCAUACUGCGAUAUCAUGGGGUAGAUGGUGGUCCUCUUGAUGAUGCUAUGGAUCAACAAGCUUUACUUGGGCCACAUCAUGUUCAUGGCGAGGAUCCUUUAGGUCGUAGGUACGUUUAUGAUUUUUUUUCUAUUUAUGUAUGACGUACGUGAAUCCCUUUUAUAUUCUUGUACAUUGCUGUGUGUCAGAUGGCUGUUUGCUCAUGUCACGCGCACGUCAUCCGCUGCUGGAUUAGGAUACUACCGAGAUGCUUUAGAUAGCUUGUGUGAUGAUCAGAUGACGUGGAUGUCGUACACGGAUGAGAUUUUAGGACUGUUACCUCCUAUUGCCCGAGAGCACAGUGAGAUAUGGCGAGCACGUGUGCCCUUGAUAUGUUUUGAUGUAGUGGAGCAUCACUUUCCUGAUCGUGUACUACGCCAAUUCGGGUUGCAGCAGGUUACUCCCGGACCUUGUGAUACAUCUGUGCAUUUGCACAAGAUUGAUAGACGGGGGAAGCACACUGAAGAUUGGGGGAUGCGCCAUAUUCAGUAUAUCACUAUGUGGGAUGAGAGAGCGACAUAUAUAGUGGACGGGAUCCCAUCAUUAGUCCCCACAGCUUCUGUAGACUACAUGAGAUGGUAUUACACCAUCACACGAGUGUUUAUCUCUCCCAGUUUUCGUGUACCCACUGAUCAUUACCAGCCUAGCUCAGUCGCUCUUCAUAUGACGACACGGGCUUUGCGUAGCAUCCAUG